UGGCGGCAGCUCCUUCGCUCGCUCCUUCGCGAGGCGUCUUAUCUCCCUGAUCCCAUCGCCAAGAUCCAUAUGCAUCACCAUAUCCUCCAUCGAUUCCGACACUAUGCGGAUAACUCCAAGUUCAGAAAGCGGAAUGACCUCUGGCAACACUGGCAGCUGCGGAAGAAAGCCACAAAGGGCCUGUCUGUACUACAAAGGGCCAAUGAAGGAUAUUUGAAGCCACUCGAGAAAGUUCUGCGCAUGGCAUAUGGUCGCACUGGGAGUCGGAGAAUGCAACUUGUUCGAGACCUUAUUGUUCAAGCAACUCCCUCGGCAGAGCCCAUACCCACAUCUUUGCAGGAUCUCCUGGAAAGGAAAUGUAUGACGGAGGAUUGGAAGCCUGCUAAAGUCGUCGUCGAUUUGCUGAAAGCUCAAGCUCAGAACCCGAUGAUACAAUACUUGAAUGCGGGCCCCAAAAUCAACCAAUUCGAACCAAAUAUACCCAAAGAGAACGCCUGGUCUAGGCCAGUUCCACAGUGUCGACGAAGGAAUAUUAGAAAGAGAUGGUACGGUAAAAUGCUGUCUAAUCUCCUUCCACCACUUCCACUCAACGAUCUUGAGGUUCUUGAAGGUUUAAUUUCAGGUCGAUUGCCAUGGACCCCGCCCAAGAGAAGGAAGGCCGUUAGACCUACCCAAGCUCUCGCAGCUCCCGCUUCCGAGGCACAUCUCAACGUUGAGUUUCUGGUUGAUGGCCCGAAGAAGAGUCAGACUUACAGGCCCUAUGCCGUUGGAAGACCUCAUGUGUUUACCCGUCGAUUCAUGGUCAGAGUUUGGAUGCGCCUUUCCACGUUGGUGCCACGGGUCUCCAUACACACUGAGCCCGGAACUGAGAAGUUGAGGCACAGAUUUACGUGGAACCGGGCAAUUGCAAUUAAGAUGGCUUCGCCAGUCAGUAAGGAGACGGCAGCUGAUAUAUUUGGGGGCAUUGACUCUCAAGGGAAACUGCUU